UGAGAAGAUGAUCUGCAGGAUCCUGCUGCUCACCAUCCUCACCUCGUGUGUCUCUGGAUCAUUUGUAGUCAAUGUGACACAGACCUCCUAUCAGGCAGAGGAGAACCACAACAUCACACUGGAGUGGACGUUCACCACCAAACCUGACAGAUCCAACAGAUCUCUUUUUAUCCUUUGUAGCUUUUCUCACAAAUUGCAUGAAAUAUUACCUGACCGUGUAAUCCCAGAAAUAUUAACCCCAAACAAAACCUUGUAUCGUGUGGAUCGUGGUGAAGAGGUCACAGAUUCUCAGGACAAAGACUUUACAGGAAGAUUGUCUAGUGACAAAGACGCCCUCAGAGAAGGAAGAAUCAGACUUCAGCUGUCCAGACUCAGGACUGAUGACUCGGGUCUGUACCUGUGUGAGGUGAACACUGAUCAUGGUUCUGGCUAUAAGAGCUGUCAACUCAAUGUCACAGCAGCUGAUGAACUUCCUUUGAGUCCUCGAGCAGAGAGACGAAGAAACAUCAGCUUUUCUGCUGGAGUGUUACUGCUGAUUGGAAUACCAGCAGCAAGUGCCGUGGCUCUUUUUGUCUGUGUUUUUUGGGUGAUCUUUUGUAAAAGCGGAUGAGAUGUGGGAGACACUCCUUGUGGAAGAAAUGGUGAUCCUGUUAGUCUAAAUUUCCAUCAGGAUGCUGUUUUUUACCUUUAGUUACAGUCAUAACUCUGUCUUUGUUCAACAUCUGUUUUAAAUGAUAUAUAACAGAAAAGCAAAGCAAAGCUUUUCUGUGUUGCAUUAUGUUCCUGUCAGGGUUUGAUCCAAA